GUGAGGAAUGGGCACUAAAUUUGGAGUGUGCCCGUUGGGGUUGUGGGGGGAGAGGAGGGGCCCCGGUUUUGGGGCCUCCCCAGAGAGUAAGGGUGGGGUGGGCCCAGAGGAGGGGGCCUCAACCCAUUUUGGUUGCUUCCUGGAAGGACUGAGGGGAGGAUGAGGAAGGAUCCCAGAUCUGGGGGUGUCCCCAGAGGGUCUCUGUGGGUAGGGGCGAAUGGAGAGGAGGACCCCCAGUUUUGGGGUGUCCCCUGCGAGGCUGUCUCAUGGUAGGUGUUGCUGGGAGCAGGCGGGAGAGCAGUUGAGGCUUCAAUGGGUAGUGUUGCUGCCCCAGGGAGCGCAGGCUCAGGGGACAGUGUGGGGCUUGGGGGUGUCUCACAGGCUUGGGGCAUUUCCUGGGGAUGGGGGUGCUGGGAGCAGUUUUCCCUCCAUGUGGGGCCCUCUCCAGAAGUGCAGUGGAGCCCCAGAGCCAGUGGCCAGAGGCCCAUGGCGCUGAUGGCCUUGCUGGCUGCCCUGCAGAUGGCUUCGGCAGCACGAGUGCGUGGAGAAGCUCAACAUGCAUGCUAUCCUGAGCGCCUCCGCGGGCCAGGAGCAGCUCCUCACCGAGCUGCUGGUCACCUACGCCAAGAUUCCUGUUCUGAUUGGAGAGCUGAUCUCUGUGGAGAUCUGGAAGCACAAGAUCUUCCCUGUGCUGUGCCAGCUGGAGGACUUCAAGCCGAGAAACACCUUCCCCAUUUAUGUGGUGCUGCAUCAUGAAGCCUCCAUCAUUAACCUCUUGGAGACGGUUUUUUUUCACAAGGAGAUCUGCGAGUCAGCAGAGGACAGCAUUCUGGAUUUGAUUGAUUAUUGCCACCGAAAACUGACUCUGCUCAUCGCUCGGAGCGCCAACAGACAGACAGUGACCCCGGUCGGACUUCGUCCCGAGGAUCUGGCCAGCCCCUCAUCCAUGCAGGAGCUGCAGAAGCAGGCGGAGACGAUGGAAUUUGAGAUUUCCCUGAAAGCCCUGUCUGUGCUGCGGUUCAUCACCGAUCAGGUGGAGAGUCUGCCCCUGAGUGCGCUGACACGGAUGCUGAACACCCACAACCUGCCCUGCCUCCUCGUCGAGCUGGUGGAGCAUUGCCCCUGGAGCUGCCGGGAAGCAGGCAAGCUCAGGAAGUUUGAGAAUGGCAUGUGGCACGUGGUACCUCCUGAAGACCAGGUGAAGAUGACCAAGCUCGAUGGGCAGGUGUGGCUCGCCCUCCUCAACCUUCUGCUCAGCCCUGAGUGCCAGCACAAAUACCACUUUGAUGGCUUCAACAAGAGCCAGCUCCUCAAGCUCCGUGCCUUCCUGACAGACGUCCUCAUGGACCAGCUGCCCAACUUGGUGGAGAUGCAGAGAUUUCUGAGCCACCUCGCGAUGACAGAGCCGGCUCCCCCCAAAAAGGAUCUCAUCCUGGAGCAGGUUCCUAUUAUCUGGGACCACAUCCUCAAGAAAAACACGGGCAAGUGGGAGGCCAUUGCCAAGCACCAGGUGAAGCACGUCUUCAGCCCCACCAAGGAGGAACUGAAGCUUCAGGCCCACAGGUAA